AUGGCCGUGCCGCCGCCUUCGGCACCGCCGUGUCCUCCUGGUGAAGAGUUCGAGCUGCAUUUCAUCGGUGAGUUGGAGUUUGGCUGGGAAUUUCCAGGACUCUCUUCAGAUGAUGGGCUGUUCAUUGACUAUGCGGCAGAAGCUGGGAGCGACUGGCUGCCUAUUGCGAGAAAGGAGGGCUUCGUCGGUCAGACGCAGACAGCCUAUGCUGACCCAGACGGUGUGUAUGUCUUCAACCAUCCGCUUGAUUUCCACUUCAUAGCAGACUCGCUGGCGGGUUGGCCCAAGCUUCAUGUCCAAGUCUUCAAGCUGGACGCAGCAGGUCGAGUGGAGACCGUGGCCUACGGUUCCAGUGUUCUGCCGAACAUGCCGGGCCACACGGAGCUCACAUGCCGCACAUGGAGGCCGCUGAAGCGCUCCAUCAUCGAUGAGGUCAGAGCAGUAAGUGGAGUGCUCGGGAGCGACCCUGGUGCUCUGCCCGCCCCACGUGCAGACAUCCUCAACAACGACGUUAAGGCCCCGGAAGUGCGUUCCAAAAUGGUGACCAAGACUUCUGGGAGUCUGUGUAUUUCACUGGAUACGGUCUUGCGAAAUGCCAACAAGCAUGGGAUUCUUCUGCAGCUGCGUCCGCGUUGA